GCCAGUACCUUCAAGGAGAUGGUGGAGAAGCAUGCGUGUUGUGGAGCCUUUCUUCAUUUCCUUCGAAUGUUGGAAGCGCGAGCUCCAUCAGCAGCCUUUCCAGACAUGGAGAAGCAGCUGAGACAUCAGUUCUUGUAUGGGUAUCUUGACAGCUCUUUGGUGAACGUGCUGGAAACUGCUGUGCCGCCUGCCUCACUGGACGAGGUGCCAGCAUUCAGGACUUUCGUGUCCCAGCUGGACGCAACGCAGCGAGACCAGAAGGAUGCCGAGAAUGCAGCCCGGGCCAAGCAGGUGCGUGAUGCAACCCUUGCGCAGUUGAAGGGCCUCUUGGAAUCUGAUCUACUCCUCUUGCGGGCUCGUCUUCCGCACCAUGUCCUGCGCGCGCAAGAGACAGCGCUGGAUAUGAAGUAUCUUCGCGACCGGCAGAAGAAAGGCCAAGACUUCACGGCUGAGUGGAUGGGCAAGUUCUGCGAACUUCAUGAGUUGCCCGCAGACCUCAGCUGUGGGUCUGUGUUGCCCAAUAUCCUGAAGUUCAUGGACCAGUUCCGUGGUGUGGCUGGCAAGUACAUCCUUGCCUUGCUGGACUUGACAGUCUUGCCAGCGAACGUGGACUACCUCAAGGAGGUCGUCCAGAUGCUGGCCUCCUUGAUAGCCAGUUCAAGCGGCAGCCUUGGGCAUGUGCAAUUGCCCAUGUCACAUCGAGCCAUGGCCCCCUCCACAGCUACGAAGAACCGAAGAACUGUGGAAGAUCUCCUGCUGAAGCAGAAGCUGUCCGUUGACAAUCACUUAGUGCUCCUCUUCGACAGACCAGCCGAGGGCAACUCGUCAGAUCGCAGAUCCUUGGUGCAGUGUUGCCUCAUGACACCCUCUGGCGCCUCGAGCGCAUCCGUGUGGCAGAACAGCCAGGCCAUGCAGGAUGGCAGGAUCGGCCCGCUGCCGUUGAUCCGGGUUGCUGACAUGGUGGGUUUCGACGAAACCAACCGGCCCAGCCCGAGUGCCAGAAUCGAGCAGUUGCUUGUCCAGAAGCAGUGCGAGUUCGGCAAGGCCAUCCUGCAGAAGAUGCUUGAGGCCAAUGCGGAGACCUUCUUACGCUACACAGGGGUUCUUCGGCCGGAGCAAGCAGGCGAUGUCAAGAACCACAUGAGCCAGGCUGUGUAUGCUCACUGGGAUGAAAGCACCGUGGCGCCGCCGAAGCGCAGACCGCGACCUGAGGGGAGUGAUGAGCCUACAGUCAGCCUUGAGCUCUUGGCGUGGCAGGACAAGCAGCCUGUGUGGCCUCCAGACUUGGACAGCAAAUUCCCGCCCGGCUCCGAGCAAAGUGAAAUUUUGAAGGACCUCAAGGCGAAAUUCCAGGCUGAGUUUCCGCAGGCUGCGCCGAUCCAGAGGAGGAACUCGAGCAGCAGUGCCACAGGCGAGCGGCGAGUACACGGUGUAUGCGACUACACUGCAGAUGGCCCUCCUGCUGACGUCCAACGUGCAGUGAACCCAGCUGUUGUUCCGGUGGCUGACUUCAGCGAGACCCCGCUGGGAUCCACGCCGUUGCGGCCGGGAAAGAUCUCCUUGAUGAUCAGCGACAAGUAUGAGCUGUGGAUGGGUAAUUUGACACCGAACGAGCUUGUCACAGAGGCUGGGGAGCUGCUUGGCUUCGGGACAGGCGGCUACCGCCAGCAGGUUGUGG